AUGCCUGAAGCGACGUCCAAAACAAUGAAGGCGUGGCAAUUCGCCUCCGCCAGCCCGACGGUAGAGGCGAAUCUCAAACUCAACCUGGCCGCACCUGUCCCACCUGGUCCACUGAAACCCGACCAGGUGCUUGUGCGAGUCCUCGUCGUCGCCCUCAAUCAAGUCGACUACAAAUUCGCAGAAAUACCGUAUCUCGGACGCCUCAUCGUCGGCAGCCCCUCGACGCCCGCCAUCGAUUUUGCAGGCCGCGUCGCGGAGCUUCCCAAAGGUGCGGCCGCGGGACUUGAAGUCGGCCAAUUGGUAUAUGGCCGAUUGGAACUACCGACAAAGUUCGGCACACUGGCAGAGUACACUGUUGCUCCGCGCGGAGGCUGCGUGCCGAUCCCAUCAGGCGUCAGCCUCAACGAUGCCGCCUGCGUUUCGUCAGUUGCCCUCAGUGCCUACCAGUCCAUCGUCCCGAAAGUGCAGCUCAACGCCGGGAAGCGCGUGUUCAUCAACGGCGGAAGUGGCGGAUGCGGAACGUUCGGCAUUCAGAUCGCGAAACUAUCGGGCUGCCACGUCACGGUGACCUGCUCUACCCCCAACGUGGCGCUGUGCAAGUCCCUCGGUGCAGAUGUGGUGAUCGAUUACAAGCAGCACAACGUCGUUGCCGAGCUCAAGCGGCAGAAACGCUUCGACCUGGUCGUCGACAAUGUCGGCGAGCCUGCCGAUCUCUACUGGACUGCCCAUGAAUUUACCACCCCCGGCGCCCGGUUCGUACAACUGGGCAGCGGCGCCGUCAGUGUUGGCUUCAUCCUGGGCAACCUGUUCAAGACCCACGCGCCAACUUGGCUCGGCGGUGGACAGCGGCCGUUCGAAUUCCUCAACACGGUCAACAAGGCCGAAGAUUUCGCCCAGUUAAGCCAGUGGUUGCAAGAAGGCAAGCUGCGGACUACAGUGGAUGAGAUAUUCGAUGUGGAAGUCGACGGGCCGAUCAGGGCAUAUAGCAAGCUGAGGACAGGAAGAACGAAAGGCAAGAUCUUGGUGAAGAUGUGGGGGGAGUAG